AUACAGAAGGACUUAUUGAAUACGGAAUUGGUGCAGGAGUAGGUAAUAAUAACGAACCCAAAUCUUGGAGAUUUAAUCGGCAAUUUUUUUCUCAGGCUAUGUUUUCAUCAAAAGUUGAACAUUUAUCUAUUGAAUGGACAAAUGAACUAUGGAAAGAAAUAGAAUCCUAUUGGAAUAAAAUUGAUGAAAAUAAAGAAUUUGAUCUUGCAGAAUGGAUGCAUAGAAUUACAAAUGAAAUUAUUUUUAAAACUGCAACUGGAGUAAAGAAUAAUUCGGUUGCUGCUUAUUAUUAUACCGUUUUUGCUCCUGAAAAUAUCAAGUCUUUAAAUGAAAAUGAACAAGAAAGAUUGAAAUAUUCUGAAGAUUUUGUUCAAUCAAUCCAUACUUAUAUGGAUGGUGUUGGUUAUUUUUUCAUUUUGAAUAAGUUUAUACGUAAUAAUAUUCCGGUUAUUCGCGGAAAAAUAAAUAAUUUAUUAAAAAAUAAGGAAAAACUUUUUGAUAAAGUGGGUAAAAUUGUCAAAGAAAGAAGAAUUGAAAUUGAGAAUACACCAUUAGAUCAACCACUUCGUCAUGAUUUUUUAACGUCACAUAUAACCACAAAUACCCCACGUGAUAUAAAUAUUAUUAAACAUAGUGAAACGGUAGAUAUUUUGAGACCAAUGAACGAUAAAGAGAUUGUUGACAAUAUAUUUGAGGCAAUUACCGCAGGAACUGAAUCU